AUGUUCUCCGCCCUACGACCAGUUGCUCGCUCGGCCAUCCGACAACGAUCAGCACAGACACAGACACAGGCAAUUCGCAUCGCCUACGCAUCGACAUGGGCCAAUGUCAAGGAAGGUCCUCCUGAUGCCAUCUUGGGCAUCACCGAGGCGUUCAAGAAGGACUCGUUUCCCGAGAAGAUCAACCUGGGUGUCGGCGCAUAUCGCGACGACAACGGCAAACCCUACGUCCUCCCCAGUGUGAAAACCGCCGAAGACAAGGUCGUGGAGUCUGGCCUGGACAAAGAAUAUGCCGGCAUCACAGGUGUCCCGUCCUUCACCAAAGCCGCCGCCCUGCUCGCCUACGGACCAGACUCGAAACCCUUGAAAGAAGACCGUAUCGCCAUUACCCAGUCCAUCUCCGGAACCGGUGCUCUGAGGAUAGGAGGUGCAUUCCUGCAACGUUUCUACCCGGGCGCGAAGACGAUCUACAUCCCUACCCCGUCGUGGGCAAAUCACAAGGCCGUCUUCUCCGACUCCGGGCUCGAGGUCAAGCAGUAUAAGUAUUACAACAAGGACACCAUCGGAUUGGAUUUCGAGGGACUGGUUGCAGAUCUCAAAGCAGCGCCCUCAGGCUCCAUUGUUCUUCUGCAUGCCUGCGCCCAUAACCCUACCGGGAUUGAUCCGACCCCCGAACAAUGGCGUCAGAUCAGCGACCUCUUCAAGGAGAAGGGCCACUACCCCUUUUUUGACAUGGCUUAUCAAGGCUUUGCAUCCGGCGAUACCGACAAGGACGCAUACCCGGUGCGUCUGUUCAUCGAGCAAGGUCAUGGUCUGGUGCUGGCCCAGUCGUUUGCCAAGAACAUGGGUCUGUACGGCGAGCGUGUGGGUGCCUUCAGCGUUGUCACCGAGUCCGCCGAGGAGAAGAAGCGUGUCGACUCGCAGAUCAAGAUCCUCGUCCGUCCCCUGUACUCGAACCCUCCGGUCCACGGUGCCCGCGUUGCUAGCGAGAUCCUCAAUGAUCCUCAGCUCCACAAGCAGUGGCUCGGUGAAGUCAAGGGUAUGGCCGAUCGCAUCAUCAAGAUGAGAGCUCUAUUGAAGAAGAACCUGGAGGAGCUCGGCUCAAAGCACAACUGGGACCACAUCACCAACCAGAUCGGCAUGUUCGCGUACACCGGCUUGACACCUGACCAAAUGGACGUCUUGGCCAAAGAACAUUCUGUCUACGCAACAAAGGACGGGCGUAUUUCUGUAGCCGGCAUCACUACCGGAAACGUCAAGAGACUUGCCGAGGCGAUCUACAAAGUCAAGGGAUAG